AGAGAGAAGCAUUCUCGGGACUGACUUGCGAAGUCAGAUAAGAUCAUGUCACUAAUUUACCUUUUCUUUUUAUAUUAUUUUUGUAUAUGUCAAUAAUAAACAGUGUUGUCUAUAUAAGUGAUAGUUAUUUAUGAGAACCAACCACAUAAUAUUCAUGAAGGAAUAUUACAUUGGCGCCUCUUUUUUUCAUAUUUUUAUGGAAAAUGGCUUUCCUAGCGAAAGGUAGGAAAGAGGAUUUGCAGUUUAUUGCUGCUGAAUUGGGUGUUGAGAACACCCAAGAUUUAAAACUUUAUGAGUUAAAAACAGCGAUUAUUCAGAACACUAAUUACGAAGAACAUUUUGUUAGAGAAAUGUUAUCUUCAAUAAUCGAUAGACGAAAAGAAGAAAAUGAAGAAAUGAAACGAAAAGAAAAUAUGGAGUUAGAAUUGCGAAAAGCUACUUUAGAAGCAGAAAAGGCGAAGCUCGAUUUGGAAUCCCAGUUAGAACGCGAGAAAAUAAUUUUAGAGAAAACAAAACUUGAGAAAGAAUCACUUUUGGAAUUAGAGCGUAUUAAUUUAGAGAAAGUUAAAUUAGAGAGUACGCUUAAGAACCCAAAUAGUGUAAUGAUCUCCGAAAAUAUAAAUAUAAAUUCAGUCGAGAAUUUCAUACAUAGCGUUCGCACUUUAACUCUGCCGAUUCCUAAGAGAACAGAAGGGUGGAAUUUAUUUUUUUCAUCCCUAGAGAGAGCUUUUAAUACAAAAAAGGUACCCGAAGAAUUAAAGGGAGAAAUUUUGUUAAAUUUAAUGGGGGAGAAAGCUGCCAAUAUUUUGAUUUACAUUAAGGAUGAGGAUAUAAAGGAUUAUCAAAAAAUAAAAGACACUAUUCUUAGAGAAUUUGAACCAACGCCGGGAGCAUGUUUGCUAAAUUUUCAGAGAGCAAAACGUUUACCGAAUGAAACCCAUGUCCAAUUUGCGUCACGUUUGGCUACCGGUUUUGAGCAGUAUUGUAAAUUGCGAAACGUUUCUGAUUUCGAAACAUUAAAAGAACUAAUAGUUAGUGACAAAUUAUAUCAAUCACUCGAUCAGGAAACCGCGACGCACAUAAACAUAAAACAGGAAAGAAAUUGGUUUAAGCCUUUGAUUUUGGGUAAGGAGUGCGAUUUAUAUUUUACAUCAAAAAAUAAAUCUUUUUACGAAGUGCAUUCACCUAACGCUAGAUUUAUCACAAACGAAUAUAAUUCGCGAGACGAAAGGAAAUAUAUUCCUCCUCAAAAGCGGAGAGAGGAAUUGAAAUUAAAAGAAAAUAAAAUAAACAAAAAACUAGAAUGCUACAUAUGCGGAGAUAACCAUUUAGCAAAACAUUGUGGGAAUAAAUUUUCAAAAGUGAAAGUAAAAGAAAAUGCUGUCAUUGCAAAAAUCUCCUCCGAACAUUUUUAUCCAUCUGUUGACCUUCACCCUUUGAAGUAUGUAUCAGUGUAUGUGGGAGGGGGGAAGAAAUUGAAAUGUGUAAUAGAUUCUGGAACUCAAAUUUUUGUUUGUAAUUCGAAUUUGAUUCCUGGCGCCGCUGAUGAGGAAUAUGGAAAGAUUAUUUUGAGUUCGGCGUUCGGUGAGCAUGUUGAGGCUAAGUUAAUAAAAACAAGGGUCUCAUUGAAUAGAGAUUCGGCAUUAAAUUAUCCCGUAGAAUGCAUAAUUGCACUGACAGAUAAAUUAAAUGUAGAUGCGUUGAUACCACCGUUUUUGUAUGAGAAACUGAUUUCGUCAGACUUGGAGAGUUCUUGCGAGGGGGAAAGCAGUGAAAAUCGGUGCGUAUUGCAAAAAGAAUCAGCACACGUGUUAUUACAACAAAUUAAUGAAAAGGAUAUUUUGUCAGAGGGGGAAGAGAGCGGUUGCUCAUUGAGUGGGAGUGAGACGAAUAUUUUAAAUGAAGAUUCUAAAUUUUUUUCGGAUUAUUAUAAAUUAAAAGAAGAGCAAACUAAUUGUAUUUCAUUAGAGAAAGUUCGCGCGGAAUUAAAACAAAACAAAGGCAAUUUUAUUUUAAUGGAUGGAUUAAUUUACCAUAAGGAUAAAAUUCUUAAUGAAUCAGUUAUACAGUUAGUUUUACCAAAAUGUAGGCAAAAUAAAGUUUUAAAAUUGGCACACGAAUCCGUUUUUGGGGGUCAUAUGGGGGUUAGGAAAACAAAAGAGCGAAUAAAAUAUAGUUUUUACUGGCCGAAUAUGAGGAAAGAUAUAACGGAAUUUGUCCAAACUUGUGAAGGGUGCCAACUUAGAAAAACUGAGAAAAUUGGCGAUAGAGCGCCCAUAACUCCUGUGGUUCGUCCCGAACUUCCUUUCGAAAUUGUGAAUGUGGAUGUCAUUGGUCCUAUAGACCCACCAUCUAGCAGAGGACACAAAUAUGUACUUUGUCUUGUUGAUCAAAAUACUCGCUGGCCUGAAGCUGUGCCGUUGAAAUCGCUAUCUGCUAAAACAACUUGCGAUGCUUUACUUACAAUUUUUACAAGAACUGGUAUACCCAACGUUAUAGCUAGUGAUCAGGGGACUAAUUUUAAGUCUGCCCUAACUCAAGAAUUUCAGAAGCGUAUUGGUUCGAGUCCCAGAUUCUCCUGUCCGGGUUAUGCUGCUGCGAAUGGACUAGUGGAAAGGUGGAACCGAGUACUAAAAGAUAUGUUGCAUCACGUAAUACGUGAAGAUCCAAGAGGUUGGGACCUGCAACUCCCGUUUCUGCUAUUCUCGUACCGAGAGGUUCCAAACACCACUACUGGGGUAUCUCCUUUCAAGCUACUCUAUGGUAGAGAGGCCCGAGGUCCAUUGUCUAUCUUGAAAUCAUCUUGGUCUGGUGAAAUUAGAAUCCCUACCACUUUGUCUCAGUCAGCUGUUGACUAUCUUCAAGAACUGAAAGUCAGACUGGAAAAGGCUGCUGAAAGUGCCUCAUUGAUGGCUGCUGACAAACAGAAAGCAUACAGUGACUAUUUUAAUAAAAGAUCUUCAGUACGAAAUUUUAGUGUCGGUGAACAUGUAGUACUUUUAAUCCCUGAUUCUGCCGAUAAAAUAUAUGCCCGAUGGACUGGUCCAGGUGAAAUUGUCAAGCACUGUUCCCCACAUUCUUACAUGGUAAAAUUACCAGAUGGGAGAGUGAAACAAGUGCAUGUAAACAAGAUAAGGAGAUUUCAUGCUAGAGUUAAUUCAAUUGGUGUGAUAUUUGAAAAUGAGGACGAAUUUGGUGAAAUUAUUACAGUACCUGAAACGAACAUUGGAAAAGUUAUGUUUGAUUCACAAUUGGACUUAGAACAUUUGAGUGAUGAUCAGAAAAGAAAAUUAAUUUCUUUGCUGAGUAAACAUCAAGAACUUAUGACUGGAAAAUUAAAGAAAGCAAAUGUUAAAGAGCAUAAGAUUCGACUCAUACCUAACAGUGAGAGGAAGAGGCCUUAUAUAUACCGUAUUCCGGAUGCUUUGAAAGGAAAAGUAGAUGAACAGAUAGAAGAGCUUUUAGAUGCUGGUUUAAUAGAAGAGAGUUCAGCUGAAAUUGCUUAUCCAGUGGUGUGCGUUAGUAAAAAAGAUGGAGGGAUGCGGAUGUGCAUCGACUAUCGAGCGUUGAAUGCUGUGACUAUAACGGACGAUUUUCCUAUGGAAGAUACUACUGAGUUAAUACAUACUAUAGGGAAAGCUAAUGUAAUCUCAAACCUAGAUCUGCUAAAAGGUUACUAUGCUAUUCCCAUGGAGGAAGCAAGUUACGAUUUAACUUCCUUUAAAACUCACAAUUCUCAGUACAGAUUUCGAGUUAUGCCGUUUGGACUCCGGAAUGCUGCAGCAACGUUUCAGAGAGUGAUGAACAAGGCCCUAGCACCAUUUAAAAGGUUUUCACGAGCAUAUAUAGACGAUAUUGGUAUAUUUUCUAAUAGUUUUGAGGAACAUCUGGUACAUCUGGAGUUGAUUCUGAAAAGAUUAGAAGAACUCAAUUUCACUGUUAACCUGAAUAAAUGUUCUUUUGCUAAACCAAGUAUCAAGUUUUUGGGACAUAUCAUCGGUUCGGGUGAACUCCAGCCCGAUCCAGAAAAAGUUCGAGUCAUUCAACAACUUCCAAGACCAAAUACUAAGAAAGAAUUGAGAAGUGUACUUGGAUUAUGUGGUUUUUACCGAGAUUAUAUUCCGAAAUAUGCUGAAUUAGUGUAUCCUCUAACAGAAUUGACAAAAAAGCGAGUGCCGGAAGAAAUUCCCUGGAGUGAGGUGCAUGACUCUGUGUUCUCACGUCUCAAACGAGCCCUUGUAGAAGCCCCAUCACUUUACACACCAGUGCCCGGUAAUCCUUACAUUAUUUACUCAGAUGCAUCACAGAUUGGAAUAGGAGCCUGUCUUUCUCAGCGAAUAGGAGAUAAAACUUUCCCAGUGUCUUACGCUAGUCAUAAAUUGACCAAAACACAACAAGCCUGGUCAACUAUAGAACGAGAAGCUUACGCUAUUGUGUGGUCAUUAAAGAAAUUUGAGUCGUUGAUAUUUGGCUCUGAAAUAGAAUUUUACACUGACCACAACCCCUUACCGUAUUUAACGAAGUGUGCUCCUCAGUCAUCUCGGUUACAGCGAUGGGUGUUCGCUCUUCAAAAGUAUAAUAUAAUUUUGAAACAUUGCCCUGGUUCCAAAAUGCCGCAUGCGGAUGCAUUAUCUCGUCUGUUUCCAAAUACUCUGACUUAAAUAUUGACUGUUCACAUUUUGAUAAUUUAAAGUUUUUUUUUUUUGAUUUAUAUAUUAUUUUGAUUUUAUAAGCAAGUUAUAAAUUUUAAUAGUUUAAUGCUACGUUAUGUUAAAAAAUUGAGUGC